UGUUGGCACUUCUUCGCGUGUUAUUUUGCGGUCGCCGACUCUUUCGCCGUAUGGAGUGAUCGAGUGAUACGAGUCGUAUUGCGGUGAAUAGGCGAGGAUAACAAAUACAGAAACGUAAAACACUGCCCACGCUAUAAUAAUGAAGUGGCAUAUUUUGCUCGCAGCUGUUGCUGUAUUAUUUACAGCUGGAUAUGCGGAGGAAGAAGAGGCUGCUAGGUUAUUAGUCUCUAAACAAAUACUUAACAAAUAUCUAGUAGAAAAUAUGGAUAUAGUUAUUAAGUAUACUAUUUACAAUAUUGGCAAUGUGGCUGCAUUUGAGGUUGAGAUCACAGACAAUUCAUUCCACCCAGAUCAUUUCACUCACGUGAGCGGCGAAGUGAAUGCCAGGAUAGAUCGUGUACCCCCUUACACAAAUGUAAGCCAUACAGUUGUUGUGAGACCACGCAAGUUUGGAUUCUUUAACUUUACCUCAGCCGAGGUCUUAUACCGCCGCAAAGAGGAUGCUCCUAGACUGCAGGUAGCUGUAAGUAGUGAACCAGGCGAAGGACUUAUUGUGGCAUACAGAGAUUAUGACAAACAAUUCUCAUCUCACGUAAUCGACUGGGCUGCUUUCGCUGUGAUGACUCUACCUCCACUAGCUAUUCCGUUCGCUCUGUGGUAUUCAAGCAAGAGUAAAUACGAGAAACUACUGAAAAAUACAAAGAAACACUGAUGCUGUACUCUAAGAUACAUCUAGGUCAUUUUUCUGUUUUCACAUACUAUUGUAGGGAACACGACUGUUCUGCUAACAUACAUCUACUUUUGUAAUAAACAUUAUUUAUGAAAGUA